AACUCUCAAGCUUUCUCUCUCUAGAUCUCUCUUUCUCUCUCAUCGCAUUCAUCAAAACCCUAAAGAAAAUGGAGUCAAGAUUACCAGUAAUGGCGAAGAAAGUAUGGAGUUUGGUGAGGGUUAUGUUCUUCAUGUUGAAGAAGGGAAUUGCCAAAAGGAAAUUCCUUCUUGAUCUUGACAUGAUGAUGAAGCGUGGCAAGAUCGCCGGCAAGGCAUUCCACAACCUUAUGUUCCAUCACCACCACAAUUGGGCGGCUUCCGCCUUUGACCACCACCACCCACAACACCUCUCCUUCACCGCACCACUACCAGGAGAAUACGAAUUCAGCUGCAGCAACACCCCACCUUACCCACUCUCUCUCUUUUCCACCCACAAGAAACGCCAAAACAAGUCUCACCGCCUUGCGACUACUAACCCUCCGCUGGCGCCAGCGGAUGAUUGUGUUGAUAUAAUUACCAAUUCUGAACUUUUGAAGGCGCUUGAUAUCAUGAUCGCAAGCUCCAUGGCGUCGCCACCACUACCCGCCCGAUCUAGGACCACACCGAUGGUUGAGCCAUUGAGCAUAAAAGACUCACCCUUGGCUUUAAUUCAUGGUGAAGAAGAUGGUCAGGUGGACGAGGCUGCUGAGAGGUUCAUAAGGAGGUUCUACAAUGAUCGAAUACGUGAAAAUUGAGUGAGGGACUAAAAUGUCAUUAGCUAAUAGAUGAGGGGGUUACUUGAAACUAUACUUUUGAUCCCUUGUAGGUUUUGGUGAUUUGUGUAACCCUAAAAAUUAAUCGUGAUACCCUUUUAAUUAGGUUAUUAAUUGUAAUGGAAAUCAAUAUCAAUAAU